AUGCUGACCUUAGCCAAAAUUGCAUUGAUUUCAAGUCUGUUCAUCUCAUUACCAUUUGGGAGGCCUCAGAAACAAAAUCCAAGAAGAAAUGUAACUCAGCACACUAUAGAAGAUGUGAAAACAAUGAGAAACAAAUCCUUUCAUUUGGAAAAAAUCAUAAAUGUAACUUCAGAGAAUGGAAGUGGUAUCUCCAAUCUCAUGGUGACAGCUCCUUCUCCUUUGGAUUUAUCCACAACCUACAAAACAACAAAUUCCAGCAAAAACCAGCCAACAACUAGCUCAGUUGAGAGUCCAAGACCACCCUCUACAUAUUCUGUUCCUCCCUUGGUUCAGAGCUUUGUUUCCAAGUUGCCUUUCAACUCAUCCACAGCAGAUGAAAAUCCUUUACAGGUUUCAGAACAUUCCAAUUCUACGCAUUCCCCAUCAUCAGAAAACUUUACUUGGUCUUUGGACAACGACACAAUGAACAGUCUUGAAAAUAUUUCCAGUAUAGUAAGGCCUUUCCCUCCACCUCCAAAGACCACACCUGUGACCCCUUUCACAACUGAACCUACUGGAUGGCUUGCUACAAAAAAUGACAACUUUGCUGGUUUUACCCCGUAUCAAGAAAAAACAUCUUUACAGCCUACAAUAAAAUUUAUCAAUAAUUCAAAACUUUUCCCCAAUACAUCAGACACCACAAAAGAGAAUAAGAACACAGGAAUAGUAUUUGGAGGCAUUUUAGGAGCUAUUCUGGGUGCUUCACUGCUGAGCCUUGUUGGCUACUUAUUGUGUGGACAACGGAAAACAGAUUCAUUUUCCCAUCAGCGCCUUUAUGAUGACAGAAACGAACCAGUUCUGCGAUUAGACAAUGCGCCAGAACCUUAUGAUGUCAAUUUUGGAAAUUCUAGUUACUACAACCCAGCUGUGAGUGAUUCAUCCAUGCCAAAAGGGGGAGAACACCUGCAAGAUGGCAUUCCCAUGGAUGCUAUACCUCCACUUCGCAACUCGAUAUAA